AUGAAAACCGUGAAAAUAUUGAAACUAAGAAUAUUUUUGUUAAGUCAUAGGGUUGAUUAAGAUUAAAUUACAGAUAAUCAAAAAUUUCAAUAUUUAAAAAAAAAUUUCCAAAUUUUACUUAGUAAUAUAACUGAAAAAGUAUUGUAGAAAAAUCUCAUUUUAGAAAAAAUUAACAUAAGAUACCUUUUUACCUCAUAUAUUAGAUAAGAGAUUCAUACAUAUCUUAAAUAGGGUCAUUCUGAUAAGUUUACAGUAGAGUAGGCUUUUCAGUUGUAGUCACUUUAAUAAAAUACAAAAUUUUUAUAAAAUUCAAUAAUUAUUUCAUAAGGAAAUAAACCGAAAUUUUUUCUUUUAAAGGUAAAAUGAAAU